UUUCACUUCACUGCAGUCAUUUUCCCUCAGCUUCACUGAAAGACGCUUUCAACUGUUGUUUCUGGGAAAAAGCCUCUAAAAUAAACUUUAAGGUUGGGGAAGGGCUGCCUGACAAAUAUGUUUUUCUGCAUGCAAAUAUGUGCAAGAGCAUUAUCAGAGUCUAAAACUGUAAAAACUUGUCAAAACAUCUACAUCCUGCAACAGUUUUACAUGUGCUCUCUAGUUAACAACACUCUCUAAUUUGGGCUACACACAAGACAACAUUAUUUACAGUGGAUUACCACAGCUCACAUACUUUUCCACUGAAUCUCUCAGAGGGCGAAGCACACUUCCCAUAUUUGGUCCAGAGAUUUGGUGAGAUUGUACAAAACUCACUCACUGGGAUUACAUUAGAGGGAUGGCUGUAUACAGUGUGUGUUUUCAUGGACAAAUAACAGUUCAGUUAGGACAGUUUGUUCAUUGUUUUGUUUUGUUUUUUUACCAGAAACAAAAUCAAGGGAAGCGGAGAAAAAGACAGAGUCUGUGUCCUUAAAAGACACACCGACCCUGAAUUUUUAACUGCGCACAUCUGGUGGGCAUCAAUAUUACUGGCUGACUGGGUGUGGCCAUCCUGUGUUCAGUGGACUGUGGUUUUCCACUGUGAGUCACAGACGGAAAAAAUGGCUUGGAUAAUUUAUUCUCCCUGAGGCCCAGUUAUGAGGUCGGAUUUUGAUUCAACAUAACUUUUAACGCAGUCAGUUCUCUGACACCAGUGAUCUCUGUCCAGUUUGUUGUCAGGGCAGGCUACAGGGUCAUGGGUAUUUGUAUAAAGGCCAGGCUGAUGAUGAUGACAAGUGAAGCAUAAUACUACUGAUCUAAACAAAAUGCUGGACUGUCUGGCAAAGACGGUGCGCUCAGAAGGCUAUUUCGGAUGCUACAGAGGUGCAGCAGUGAACCUCACGCUUGUUACACCAGAAAAAGCCAUCAAGCUGGCUGCCAAUGAUGUCUUCAGACAGAAGCUCUCUAAGGACGGGCAUUUGCCCCUGUGGGGGGAGGUCCUGGCAGGGUGUGGGGCUGGCACCUGUCAGGUGGUAGUCACCACUCCUAUGGAGAUGCUUAAGAUCCAGCUGCAGGACGCGGGAAGGCUCGCUGCACAAAGGCCUGUGCCAACUCCAGCUCAGGCUGCUGCUCCUGGUCCAGCUCCAUCAUUGGUGGCCCCCCCACCGCAGGCCCGGCCGACCCCUCCACGACGGCCCUCAGCCACUGGCAUCACCGUGGAGCUGCUGAGGACUCGUGGCCUGGCUGGCCUCUACAGGGGGGCAGGAGCCACUUUAAUGAGGGAUGUCCCCUUCUCAAUGAUCUACUUCCCGCUGUUUGCCAAUCUGAAUGCGCUUGGCCGGGAGACAGCGGGUGGCCAGGGCGAUGUGCAGGCCCAGGCGCCGUUCUGGCAGUCGUUUUUGGCGGGCUGCACAGCAGGCUCAGUGGCAGCUGUGGCUGUAACACCACUGGAUGUAAUAAAGACUCGUCUGCAGACCUUGCAAAAAGGUGAAGGGGAGGACACAUACAGAGGAAUUAUUGACUGCACAAGACGCAUCAUGACACGGGAGGGCCCAUCAGCAUUCCUAAAGGGUGCAACGUGUCGGGCUUUGGUCAUCGCUCCUCUUUUUGGCAUUGCGCAGGGCGUCUACUUUCUCGGGGUAGGGGAGAUGAUGCUGGAUUUGCUGGGAUAGCAGCGCUUGGCAUUAGUGGUGGCAGUUGUGUUAUCUCUGUACAGACAAUUCGCUGCUUUAAGCUGCCGUGAAUGUGUGACACAACUGAGCAAACAGUGAAUACAGAGAGAGGGGGAAAAAAAAGGUGGCCACAAUUUGCUUACCAAAAGGAGGAAGAGGAGGAGGAAUGGUCUGAGAUAUGAAGAGGUUUAUUUACUAAUAUGUGGGCCGACUGGUUCACACUAAUCAAGUUUCUCUAGGUUCUUACGUGUUGUCGGUGGGGUUCCAUAGGUUAAACAGGGUCCUUGUGUUAUGAGUGUGAUUAAUUUGAGGGUAUGUGUCCCAAGUUAUCUGGUUUAUUCCAGGGUGUUUGCUGCAAUAUGUCUGGGGCUCUUCCUUUCACCUGUGGGAGAUCAUUCUGUCUGGUUGUUAAGAAAGAGCUGCUGCAUGUUGUCUGAGGCUGCUCACUAAAAUGCCUACCAAUCUGACCACUUGUAUGGUCGUGACAAAGAACUGUGCAUCACCUAAUGAAAGUGACAAAUUCCCCUUUCAAUUUUAUCAGAAGCUACUGUUGUCUAAUGUCUGACCUCAGAGUCUGAACAGGGACCUCAAAUGCCAUGUCAUUUAGACUCCAAUGUUUGCGUUUCUCUAGAAAAGGAGUUCAAUCUCCUUCAGCCUACCUUGUUACGCACUCCUCCCACUCCAUCCGUGAGGUCUGAGUUGUAAUCUUGGAUUCCCUCACUGGAUUGGGAGGUGCCGCCUGCCACUGUCUCUAAGGUCAUUUGUUAAUCUGAUGGUAAUGCUUUAAUCCCUGUAUUAGUGGUCAAUAUACCCUAACACAACGGUUCACUUCCUGCCUAAAGGCCACAGGUUAGACUGCUGGGCCACUGUCUCCGUAGCCUUGACUUCCUCUUCUUCACCGCUUGGAAGGGUUUAAAUAAAACCUGUGAGAGGCCUAGGGCUGUUUUUAUUGCUUAGUUAUACAUAAAAAGAUAUGUUGCUUCAAAUGAUGUGCGCACAGUAACUUAAAGAAAAUGCAAUUAAAGCCUUAUCAUUGCUGAUAGUUUCUAAAGCAUCAAAACUGUAAGUCUUAAAUGAAUUCAGUGGAAUUGGUGGUGUUGAAACAUUGUUUUGGUACUUGAGUCCAGUUUAGCAAGGACAAAUGUAUUUGUUAGACCCAUGGAGGGAGUAUGGCACUUUGUCUUGCCAACUGUUUGCCAUUACUUAAGUCCACUGGGUGGCACUAAAAGCUUUUUUUUUUUUUUUUUUUUACAUUUUUAAUGCGAGACACAUUUUGAUGUGGCUAGUAUACCUAGGCUACUACAUUUUCCUCAUUGUAGAGUGAACAUAGCCUGAGUAAACUGUUUGUUUACAAGCUGUAAAUAAAGAUAUCUCAUACAUGCUGA